CUGGAGUUUGUUCAGAUUCUGGUGAUCGUGGUGGUGAUGAUGAUGAUGGUGGUGGUGAUCACGUGUCUGCUGAAUCACUACAGACUGUCUGCGCAGUCUCUCAUCUCUCGCCACGGACGAGCACGCAGACGACACCUGCCCCUGCCGUCGGAGGGCAGUCUGUGGUGCUCCGAUGGUCCCGGCUCUUCUAGUGCCAUGAGUGAGCAGGUUUACGCUCCUCGACCGCCGGACCCCCAGCGUGAGCGUCUGUCGCGCUUCCAGCCCACGUUCCCGUACCUCCCUCACGCCAUCAUCGACCUCCCGCCCACCAUCUCUCUGUCAGACGGAGAGGAGCCUCCGCCGUACCAGGGCCCCUGUUCCCUUCAGCUGCGGGACCCGGAGCAGCAGCUGGAGCUCAACCGGGAGUCUGUCCGCGCGCCGCCCAACCGCACCGUGUUCGACAGUCCGCUCAUCCCCGCCGAGGGCGCUCCGCCCGCCUACAGCGAGGUCAUCGGUCACUACUACCACCCCACAUCAGUGCCGCGGCUCGCACAGACUCAGUCCGCACCGCCGCCGCUGGUGCAGGGUGUGAUCCACAUCAGCCGCACGGACAGCAGAAACACACGCAAAGCCCAGCACGUCUAACACACACCACGAUGCGGCUUCUCUUCUUCUUCCGUUGUUGCGUUCUCACUCAGACUUUCUAUAAAUAUUUACGUGUUAUUAUUUGUCCUCGACUCUCUUAGUCUCUCUCUGUACUCUGACAACAAGCAAAAACCAUUUCCUUUCAGCCCCUCUCCCCAGGCGAUGGAGAACAGUCGGUCUUCCUUUUAGAAACAUUAAUCAUCGCAGUUCCUCAGACGCUUCUGUUGAAUGUGCAUGACUUCCUCAUGAGAGUCCUGCACAAUAUCUGAUGCUUGUUUGGUUUGGAGAGAGCGGCUGUGUGUUGACUGUUCAGAGUUAAUGUACGUGUGUGUAUAUAGGCUACUAUAUAAAUAUAUCUACUCUACCGCUCAAAGUUUGGGAUCAGUAAGACUUGUAAUGUUUUUAAAGAAGUCUCUUCUGCUCAUCAAAGCUGCAUUUAUUUGAUUAAAA